UCAUGGGUCGAACUCCUCCGAGAGAUCCAAAGGAGGAGAAGAAGGAGAGACGGAGCAGCAUCUCAGCAGGCUCUGCCCUCGACAAGUCCAGCGAACCGUUCAGCUGGGAGGAAUAUCUGAGAGAGACGUCGUCCACCGCCGCCUCGCCGGCUUGCUUCAGACAGUCCAGAGUCCCUCCCUCCAAUGAGUUUAAAUCAGGCAUGAAGCUUGAGGCUCGAGACCCUCGUAACUCCAACUCCGUCUGCGUCGCCACGGUGAUGGGCAUGAUGGGUACCCGCCUGCGCCUGCGUCUGGACGGCAGCGACAACACCAACGACUUCUGGCGGCUCGUGGACUCUUCGGACAUCCAGCCAAUAGGAAGCUGCGAGCGGAGCGGGGACAUGCUGCAGCCGCCGCUGGGUUUCAGGAUGAACGCCUCCUCGUGGCCCACGUUCCUCCAGCGGACCCUCAGUGGGGCAGAGAUCGCCCCUGCCUCUGCUUUCAAGAAGGAACCUCCCAGUCCCGUUCAGAACUUCUUCCAGCCCGGCAUGAAGCUGGAGGCGGUGGACCGGAAGAACCCCUACCUGAUCUGUCCCGCCACGGUGGGGGAGGUCCGAGGUCCUGAGGUCUUCGUCACGUUCGACGGCUGGAGGGGCGCCUUCGACUACCGGUGCCGCUUCGACUCCAGAGACAUCUUCCCGGUGGGCUGGUGCUCGCUGACCGGACACAGCCUGCAGCCGCCGGGGAACUUCUUCACCCUUCCUGGUGCGCUCCUUGCCCCAGUUUUUUCCACCUCUGCAGCCCGUCACUCCUCCUUCACCUCCUCCUCUUCCUCCAUGCAGACCUCAUACCGCCUGCCCAACCCCCUGCCCCCCCUCCCUGUCCGCAAGGGCGUCCGAGGCCGGCGUCCUAAAUCUCAGACCCUCGCUCUGCUGAAAGCGGCAGCGGAGGCAGCCGUAAACGGAGCUUCGCAGAGUCUGACCCCUGACCCCCAGCUGACCCCGAAACCACACAAGAAGCGAGGCCCGAAGCCCAAAGGCAAGCCCCAGGUAGAGCAGUGUUUGGGGGUGUCACCGGUCCCAGCGACCCCUCCAGAGACCAGACUGAGCACAGGCCAUGUCUCGAUGGACACCAACCUCAGCAACAGUUCAAAUGUCAUUUGCACAGUGUGCGUUUAUGUCAACAAGCACGGUAAAUACGGUCCACGUCUCGAUGGAAAGCUGGUGCAGCAGCUGCCCGACCACUUCGGUCCGGCUCCAGUCAACACGGUGCUUCAACAAGCAGUCCAGGCCUGCGUGGACUGCACCUACCAGCCCUCAGUGUUGCUGGGCUUCCUGCAGAGCCAAUCCCAUUCAAGAGGAGAGGUCAUCAGAGUUCGGUCAGAACACGGUAUCCGCUAUGUGAAGCUGCCCUCGGCCUCCAGCGCGUCAUCCGUGCUGCGGUUCUUGGAGAACAUGUGUCGACAUCUGGAGAGCGACAGUCUUUUCAGCUCGCAGCCGUUCGGCACCUUCAGCAACAACACUCGCUUCUGCAACAGAACCAAAUCAGAAACAUCGUCUGUCUCUGAGAACGGACCGUCUAACAACGUCUCCUCAAAGGAUGCCUCCCGCCCUCCUCACAGCAUACCGGACUACAGAGCAGCAAAGAUAGAGCGGCCAUUUUACCCAGGGCACACGCAAACGCCACCACCACUGCGACGCUUGACCUCCAACCCUACUGAGCUCGGCCCAACGGGCCCACACCGACGGGUCGAGGCAGCCAGCUCAACAACCAGUCCAGAUCAGGUGAAGCCGGAAAAACAGAGUUCAGGAAACGGCGCUUCGUCCUGGUCAGUCGAUGAUGUCAUACGGUUCGUCCAGGAAGCAGAUCCUCAGACUCUCGGCCCGCAUGUCGACCUGUUCAGGAAGCACGAAAUCGACGGCAGGGCGCUGAUGUUGCUGCGAAGCGAUGUCAUCAUGAAGUACAUGGGCCUGAAGCUGGGCCCGGCUCUGAAACUGUGCCAUCACAUCGAGAGGCUGAGGCAGAACAAACACUGACGGAGCUCAGUUCUCACGGCUUUUAUCGAGCUGCGGCGCUUCACCGAGGAGAUCCAGGACACGUCUCCGAACG